GGAGGAGUGUAAUUCCAAAAUCUACAUGACUACAGAGCUCAGAUCACCUGCUGAGUUUCACACUUGAACACGCAUACAACGAACAAGACCAUGAAAUUGGCUAUCCUGAUCUGCUUUUCUGUUCUCAUUUACUCUAUGGCAGCGGCAGAGCCCAGACAGGCCGUCUGUGACCCAGAUAAUAAUGGAGAGUGUACUCGUGAAUACAAUCCAGUGUGUGGCGAAGACAACAUCACUUACCCUACCGAGUGCAUACUGUGCUUUGAGAACAAGCGACGUAGCCAGAAUAUCAGAAUAAUGCAGGAAGGAGAAUGUAAGCCUUUUGAACCUGUUGCACCAGCCGGCGUGCCUUCCCAGUAAGGAUAUUAAAGCAAUGUGACAGCUGAGCAUGAUGUUCUGUCAUAGAUUAGCCAGUACAUCUCUUUAAGGUUAUACACCAAUGGAACUUUAUCAAUACCUACGUGUAAUGCGCCAUGCAAUAAAUCAAUCAAGCAUAUCUGUAAUUUUGUAAUGUAAUUAUUGAUUAAAAACUGUAUUUUCAAACAUA